AUGUCGGACGUAGAAGAGAACAACGCCCCCGAGGUGGCCGAGGAGGUCGAGGUUUCCGCCGAUGCCGGCUCCAAGGGCCAGAUGUCCGUUCUUGACGCCCUCAAGGGUGUCCUGAAGCUCGCCCUCAUGCACGACGGUCUUGCCCGCGGUCUCCGUGAGGCUUCCAAGGCCCUCGACCGCCGCCAGGCCCACAUGUGCGUCCUCAACGAGGCUUGCGAGGAGGAGGCCUACAAGAAGCUUGUCAUCGCUCUCUGCUCCGAGCACAAGAUCCCCCUGAUCAAGGUGCCCGACGGAAAGCAGCUCGGCGAGUGGGCUGGUCUCUGCGUGUUGGACCGUGAGGGUAACGCCCGCAAGGUCGUCAACUGCUCUUGCGUCGUCGUCAAGGACUGGGGUGAAGAGUCCCAGGAGCGCUCCAUCCUCCUCAACUACUUCCAGACUGAGCAGUAA